AUGGCAUCUAGAGAUAAACAAUCACAAUAUGUGGAUGGUCGACGUACCUGUCCACGGUACAGUGGACCUGCUCCCAGCAACGGUGACUAUGCUUAUGCAUAUUAUGAGCAUGGUCCUCAUGGGUCGAAACCACAUGCAUGUUCAAAACAUAGUUAUAUCAACCGAUAUGGACGUGAAGAAAAUAUAUAUGAAGAGAUUGGAACAUCAAAACUUGAUGAAGAAGUUAGAUAUGUCCAUUCAAAACAUUUACAGGUUUUGGAUGAAUUAAAUUUAUCAAUGGAAGCUAUGAUAAUGCCUGAUAAUGGUGCAUGUUUAAACAAUAAUGGUUCAUCUGGCCUCAAUCUAGGAACUUCAAGAGAUGGGUCACCUGUGAAUUUGAGUGUAGAUAGUGGGGUAGCUUGUGAUGCUAGCAGUUGUGGCACAAAUAGUUUAAGCCGGCCUCGUAAAUCUCAUUUUAGCACAAAACGGUUUUGGAACAAAAUGCCUACAUUGAUUUCACCCAGUCCGAGUAAAACAUCACUUCCAGAUGAGUCAGUGCGAUGGCGACAAAAUUCUUGGGAUGAAGUAACACAAUCAACCACUAUUAAUGAGCGUCAUACUCCUUCACAAAAAAGUUCAAGUUCUGACAGAGAUCCAGAACUUUCAUCUGAAGAAGAAAGUAACAAGAGUUAUGAUACUAGAAACAAUGUUUCUAAGACAUUAAGAUGGACAAAAAACCCUCCAUCCCCAGAUCCACCUUCUAGUCCAGGUUUAUUAUCGAGAUGGUUUUCAUUAAGAAGAUGCUCACAAUACGAUCUAGAUGUUCGGCCAAAUAGCAAAAUGCCUCUAUUACCAGAGGUUGAAGAAGACUGUUUUUCUAGAAGACUUAUUCCACCAAGUCUUCCACCAGCACCUCCUGAUAUUUCUGAACAAGAACUAAGACGUAGAUAUAUUGUUGAUGAUAUAGUUAGAAGUGAAAAUUCAUAUUUAGCUACUCUUCAUAGACUUGUGAAUGAUUACAAAAAGCCUCUAGAACAAAGUAUGCCAUCAAUUUUAAGUCAGUCAAAAAUUUCAAUACUAUUUCAUCGAGUUCCAGAGAUACUACAGUGCCAUACAUUAUUUAGAAUAGCAUUAGCUGAAGCUGUUGCAAAUUGGGAUCGUGAUCAUAGAAUUGGUGAUGUUUUUGUUGGAUCUUUUAGUAAAGCUAUUGUAUUGGAUAUAUAUAGUGGGUUUAUAAACAAUUUUUUAAAUGCAAUGGAAUUGGCAAAAACUGAAACCAAAAGAAAAGCAUCUCUUGCAGAAUUUUUUAAAAAUCGACAAGAAGCAUCCCAUGACCGUCUUUCAUUUUAUAGCUUAAUGGUUAAACCUGUACAACGAUUUCCACAGUUCAUUCUUUUCCUCCAGGAUUUAUUACAUAAUACAGGUUAUGGUCAUCCUGAUAGAAUGUCUUUACAGUUAGCAUUAACUCAAUUAGAAUCAUUAGCAGAAAUGCUCAAUGAAAGGAAACGUGAGAGUGAGCAAGCUCAAGCAUUUAAAGAAAUGUUAAAGUCUGUGUCUAGUAAGUUAGCUGUUCGUCCAAUAGCAGACAGCAACAGAUGUCUUCUAAGACAAGAUGAUGUUACUCAAAUAGAAAUUAAUCAUGGAGAUGUCAUUGGAAAAUGUAAACCACGACGCCUAUUAUUAUUAAAUGAUUUGCUUGUAUGUGUCUCUGUCAAUAACAAAGAUGAUUCCAGUAGUACGUCGCAAAAAAGAUUAACUUUCAAAUGGAGUUUUCCAAUUGCUGAAAUUCAAGUCAUUGACACAUUGUCAUUACCUAGUGUUUCACGUACAAUCGCUGGAAGUGCAGCAUCACAUAAUAGUAUCACAACAGACAAUUUAUGUAAUGAAAUGAAUCAUCUAAUGCAUGAUUAUCAAGUAAUCAGUCGUAUUGUUGAAUUAGCGUCAACAUUAAAAGGCACAUAUUUGGAUCUUGCUCCAGAUCAUUUAAAAGGAGUGUUAAAUGCAAUACAGUGUGAAGUGCAAUACAAAGGAGAUCAGGUAGCAUGGAUGGAUUCCUGUUGUCUCCAAUUAUUUAUUAACCGACAAGGGUACACUUUUCAAAUGGAAAAUCCCGAUUUACGUAAAGGGUGGAUCACUGAAUUAAGGCUUGCUCGUUUGGCUCUCGAUCCAAAUAAUUCUCCAGCUUGGGAAGUUCCUGAUCAAGAGUUGAUGCGCCCUAUGACAAAAAUGCCUUUAUUUGUAGGCGCUCAUCCUAUAACUUCAUCUAGCAAACAAGCAGAGGUGACUUGUGGAUGUUUUUAUUCUUCUGGCUGUGGUAAAUUUUCAUAUCUGUGGGUGUGCACUACCAAUAUUCCAAUGAAUACACAUAUAGCCAUCAUGUCUGUUAAUAAUACUUGCAUUCUAAAACAAAUCACAACUCUAGAUUUACCACAAACCAUUGUAACCGCUAUAGAAUAUGUCAGAGCCUCUGAUACAGUUUGGAUGGGUACCAAUCAUAAAAGUAUUUUGAUAUUUAAUACUGCUGACAUGUCAGAAGAAGCAAGUAUUUCAUUACCRGGUGAAGACGAGAGCCUCAGAGUCACAGCAAUCAAACAUCAUUGUGAUACUGUAUUUGUAGCUUUAUCAAAUGGCUCAUUGCUACUUUAUAGAAGAGGUAACCAGUCUAAAGAACCAGAGAUUGUGGUUUUGGGCCCUGAUGCGCCUAUAACAUGUAUAUUACCUAUUAAUUUAUCAUUAUACGUGGCAUGUGGUAAACAAGUGUUUGUUAUGAGUGCCAUCACUGGAGAACUUCAAAAAAAUUUUACCAUUCAUCAUGGAAAAAAUGUUAAUCUUUUGGCUCAUUCUGGUGUUGGACUUUGGCUUUCGCUAAUGAAUUCAACAACUGUUUGUUUAUACCAUACUGAAACAUUUAAACAUUUACAGGAUAUUAAUAUUGCAUCAAAUGUUAUAAGAUUAAAAGGCACUGCUACACCAGUUAAUGUUACUGCACUUAUGGCUUGUAAAGGUCUCCUAUGGGUUGGAACUGAUGCUGGUAUUAGCUUAACUGUUCCAUUACCUCGUUUAGAAGGUGUACCUAUAAUCAGUGGUAAAGUAAAUGUUUCUUAUCAUGGACAUACCGGUCCGAUAUCUAUUUUGGUGCCAUUACAAGAUCCACCUACUGUUCUGAAACGCCCACCUUCAAAAACAUUAGCUAGUGAUAUUUAUGAUUUGUAUGGCCGUUUAAUGUGUGUCAAAGACUAUGAUAAAAAUGAAGACGCUUUAAAUUCAAGUCGGUGGUCUUUGCGAUCAACUGAUGAAUCAUCAGCAGUACAACUUGCCAGAUCAUCAGAUGUAUCAAAAAAAGAUUUCACUUUAGUAACAGUAUCUUGUGGACGUGGCUAUGUCAAUUAUCAGCAACCGUGUUGUUCAACUAUUGAAAAUAAUGCCUACAUAAUACUUUGGGAGAUUAAGUUAUAAAUGUAAGUAGGUAAUGGUGACUUAAUUUUAAUAGUUAUUGAGUUGUAGGUAACUCGUUAUCUUUAACCUACAGGGUGUUUCUGAAAUUGAUAAUGUAAUAAUUUAGAACAUAUUUGUAUUGCAAAAACAAUUAAAAACUAAUUUAAUUUAUCUACAAAAUCAUAUACCUACUUAAAAAUUAACAUUUAAUUAAUAAUUAUUAUACGUUGAAAGCUGGUAUUAAGUAGGAAUUAACUCUAAUAUUAAAACUAACCUUUAUAUUUAUAUAAAAAAAAUUAAUUCCAAAUUCUAUUAUUUACUUUUAUGCUUUCUAAAUACAUAUUAUAUACUAACACAUUUCAUGAAACACCUUUUUGAAACCAAAUGACCAUUUUAUCUUGCCAAAUCAAAAUAUUCUUCUUCCUUAGAGCUGUAUACUAUAGUUGUA